AUGAUCAACCUGAUUUAUUUAGGUUCCGUGCCAAAAUGGCUUUCUUUCAGAAAUAAAUUCAAAACCAGAUAUACCGUUACAGAUGUUUUUUCGAGAGUAGUCCCAUACAAUGAAUACAUACAACCACACCUAAUACCAGGAGGUCAAGACAUUGUGUACUGUACGAGGCCCGGCGAGCUGCACUAUGUGUGGGCGGUGGGCUACGAUUGUAUGGUCUGCGUGUGUAUGAAUGACUUGAGCGCGGUGUGCGCGAGCUGCGGCGGCUGCCAGAGACCUCCGCCGCCGCCUCCGCCGCCUCGGCCUACACCGCCGCCCCCAAGGCCAAUUCCACCGCCACCUCCGCCGCCGCCGCCACCUAUACCAAUACCGCCACUCCCGCCUUCAGUGACCUGCGCUCCACUGCCAUCCAACACACCCUUCCAGAACCCUCUGAACCCGUGCCAAAUCUGCGUCUGCCGGGAGACCUUCGACUUCUUCCAAGGAAGACCCGACGUCCAGAUCACGUGCCAGGACAACCCUGAAUGCGCACCGGCCCCAGAACCGAUACCAUUGCCUCUGUGCGAGCAGUUCCCUCUGGAAGUUCUGUUUCCUCACCCCAAUGACGUGUGCCAGUUGUGCAAAUGCAUCGCUCCCCUGGUCUUCGCCGUCGAACAAGUCAAACAGUUGAUCUGCUUCCCGAAUCCAUCAUGUGAACCGACCCCUGCACCUGUCCCUGUGCCGAUACCAGUGCCAGUGCCAGUGCCAGAGCCGUUACCGUGGCCCCCUGUACCCGAUGUGAACCCAAGCCCCUUGCCAGGACCUCCACCGCAUGAAUCUUGCCGCCCGUUCCCACCUAACCAACCGUUCCAGCAUCCAUGGGACGAGUGUCAGGUCUGCAUGUGCAGCGAGACCUACACGCUAAACAAAAUCAUCAUUGAGGUCAACUGCUACACGAAGAAGUCUUGCUGUAAUGAUGGUGGACUCCCUCCUCGACCAUUGCCACUGCCCUACUACCCCGGUGGAUCUGCCAGUGCUGACGCCCACGCGCACGCAUCAGCUAAUGCAAAUGGCGGAUACAGCCCAUACCAACCGGGAUACCUUGGAGGAGGUGGUGCUUCAGCUAUUGCAGACGCCAGCGCCAAUGCUAUUGCCAAUGGAGGAUACAGUCCAUAUCCAGGCUAUCCAGGAGGCGGUAGUGCUUCGGCUAUAGCAGAUGCCAGCGCGAAUGCUAUUGCAAAUGGAGGAUAUAGCCCAUACCAACCGGGAUACCUUGGAGGAGGUGGUGCUUCAGCUAUUGCAGACGCUAGCGCCAAUGCUAUUGCAAAUGGAGGAUACAGCCCAUACCAACCGGGAUACCUUGGAGGAGGUGGUGCUUCAGCUAUUGCAGACGCUAGCGCCAAUGCUAUUGCCAAUGGAGGAUACAGCCCAUAUCCAGGCUACCCAGGAGGCGGUGGCUCAUCAGCAAGUGCUGAUGCUAGCGCAAAUGCUAUUGCCAAUGGAGGAUACGGCCCAUAUCCAGGCUACCCAGGAGGCGGCAGUGCUUCGGCUAUUGCAGAUGCCAGCGCGAAUGCUAUUGCAAAUGGAGGAUAUAGCCCAUACCAACCGGGAUACCUUGGAGGAGGUGGUGCAUCAGCUAUUGCAGAUGCCAGUGCCAAUGCCAAUGCAGGUGGUGGUAACAUAGGAUACUACCCACUUCCUAGUUACCCAGGAAGCGGUGGCUCAUCAGCAAGUGCUGACGCUAGUGCAAAUGCUAUUGUCAAUGGAGGAUAUAGCCCAUACCAACCGGGAUACCUUGAGGGAGGUGGUGCUUCAGCUAAUGCAGACGCCAGCGCCAAUGCUAUUGCCAAUGGAGGAUACAGCCCAUAUCCAGGCUACCCAGGAGCCGGCAGUGCUUCGGCGAUUGCAGAUGCCAGCGCCAAUGCCAACAGUGGUAACAUAGGAUACUAUCCAUUGCCUGGUUAUCCAGGAGGCGGUGGUUCAUCAGCAAGUGCUGAUGCUAGCGCAAAUGCUAUUGCAAAUGGAGGAUAUAGCCCAUACCAGCCGGGAUACCUAGGAGGAGGUGGUGCAUCAGCUAUUGCAGAUGCCAGUGCCAAUGCCAAUGCAGGUGGUGGUAACAUAGGCUACUACCCACUUCCUGGUUACCCAGGAGGCGGUAGCUCUUCAGCCAGCGCAGAUGCAAGUGCAAAUGCUAUUGCUAAUGGAGGAUAUAGCCCAUACCAACCGGGUUACUUAGGGGGUGGUAGUGCUUCGGCUAUUGCAGAUGCUAGCGCCAAUGCCGGUGGUGGAGACAUAGGAUACUAUCCACUGCCUGGUUAUCCAGGAGGCGGUAGCUCUUCAGCAAGCGCAGACGCUAGUGCAAAUGCUAUAGCUAAUGGAGGGUACAGUCCAUACCAACCGGCUUACCCAGGAUAUUACCCAGACGUUGUCCCCGGAGGUGGCAGUGCGUCAGCCAUUGCCGAUGCCAGCGCGAACGCUAAUGCCAAUGGAGGAUACAGUCCAUAUCAACCAGCUUACCCCAGUUAUUAUCCCGAUGUAGUCCCAGGCGGCGGCAGUGCUUCAGCGAUAGCGGAUGCCAGCGCAAAUGCUAAUGCCAAUGGCGGCAAUAUCGGAUACUACCCAUUACCUGGUUACCCAGGAAGUAACAGCGCCUCAGCUAAUGCGGAAGCUAGCGCUAACGCUGCAGUUGACGGAGGAUACCCAUAUCAACCGGGCUACACCACAUACCAACCGGGUUACACCACAUACCAACCGGGCUACACCACAUACAACCCAGACGUAGUCCCAAGCUACCCAGGUUCAAUCGGCUCAGCAUCUGCUUCAGCUGAAGCUAAUGCUUUGGCCAAUGCGGGAUCAGGUUAUAGUCCUUACCAACCAGGUUAUGGACCAAGUUAUGGAGGUGGUUCCGCAUCAGCUGAUGCCAGUGCUCUUGCUAACUCAUAUGGCGGGGGAUCAGCGUCAGCAGACGCUUUAGCGAAUGCAAACGCUGGAUCAACAGCGUUGACUCCUUACCAACCAGCCUAUGGCCCAAGUUAUGGGGGAUUAGGAGGUAGCUCAGCGUCAGCCGAUGCUUCAGCAAACGCAAACUCGGGAGGAUACAGCCCAUAUGUUGUCGGGAGUUUACCAGGAUCAGGAUCAAGUGUGGCGGAGGCUGAAGCUGAUGCGGUAGCAAAUGCUGGCGGUGGAGGCCCAUUCGGAAGCCUUUACCCAGCGAGACCAAAUCCAGCUCAAGGGCUCUACGGAGGAUCUUCAGCUAGCGCUCACGCAUCAGCAAUCGCGAAAUCUGCUGACGAUGCCGAGGGCGAAGAAGUAGAAGAACAGAAGGUGGUAGAAAAAAGAGUAGAACAGAAGAAAGUAGAAGAUAAAGUGGAAGUAGAAGAUCAACCGGCAGAAUCAGAGGCAGAGAAGAAGAAAUGAAUUAAAUGUUAGAUUUUAAAAUAUACGACGACUUAUACAAAACGACACGGAUUGAAAACGGACCUUUCGAGAUUUAUUUAUAUACAGUAACAGUGUGAUAAGCAAAAGAU